AUGAAAACGAAGUUGAGAAAUAGUAAAAUACAUCUUUAUCUGAAGCUGGAAAACCUGGCGGACAAUUGUUUUCACGUAAUCAAGAGGGCCUUUGAAACGGCCAUUGGGGAAUAUUACGUUAAGUACCUUACCAAAGCUGGAUACAGUGGCAGAGAGCCAAUGGAACUCAGCAAGAUAAAAUAUGAGGGCGGAACGUUGAGCAAUUACGAAGAGCCAGUUUUCUGCCACCUCUUGGAAAGUUACAAGCGCUUUAUGGAUGACUUUCAGCAAACACUGCCUUCCAUACUCAUCAAGGAACUGCAAAAGUAUAAAACUUUAAAAGAUAGAGAUAUGGUUAAUGACGGAGCUAUCAUUAACACACGUGAUAAAGUUAAGAGCCUAACGAAAGCUUACAGCGAAAAAAAAUAUAAGCUGUACCCACACUACAUCAUGAAGUAUGCAUUGGAGUCACGUGGCCUCCCAUACGACGAAACUAAAGCGAACGUGCAUAUGUCAUUCGUCAGGCAGUACUUCGAUCUAUGCAGAGGAAUCAUCAGAGGUGUUCCAGUCGUCAUAUUUCAAGUUUUGGACCAAGAAGCCUCACUCUUUAUUAGGCGCCAGCCCUAUCAGGAGGACCCUCAAAUCUUACUAGACGUGAUGGAGUAUGAGAGGGAGUUUGCCCAGUACAAAGUUGUACUCGACUCCGAGGUCAAAAGGCUGAGGUCAAACCACUGUCAAGCCGCUGCCAAGAAAAUAUACCAUCGCCCCGCCUCCAUCUUGAUGUAUGAGAUUUCUGAUAGGCUGGAAAGCAUCUACUGUAUGUAUCUAGCUCAGGCUGACUGA